GACUGUGUCCAUAUAUGUGUUCAUAUAGGGUCUUUGGGGAUGUUUCCAAGCUUCCUACCAUAGGAUUUCAAGCUAAAGGGAUCUCCAUGAUCAUUUGGUGCAUCUUGAAGUUGUUCAGAGUUGGGAUUCAAACCAUGGGACUUUUUUUGGGAGGGGAGGGAACACUUCCUCUUGGAGCUUAAACUUCCAUCAUUAUGUCCUUAUGUUCUCUCUAUCAUUUUACCAGAACAAUCUUUCUUUUUCUCUAGUCCUAUCUGUGCACGGCAACAAGAAGUUUCCUUGGAGAUGGCAGCCCUGCGUCCAUCAAGCAAUUCAUCUCCUGUUCCACUUGCCAUCUCCUCCUCACCUGGAGAACAAUCAGGACCCCCAAACUACCAGGCUCAUCUUCACUUCCAUCAUCAACAUGGCUAUGAAGUCAAUGCUGAGAAGGAAGAAUGGACCCCAAAGCAAGAGUUUCCCAAGGAAGUAGUAUUUUAUCACACAGAACUGCCAUCUUCAGGAUUCCUGGGUGUCCUUCAGGGACCAGAACUGCAGGAAUCUUGUAAGACUGAGGACAAUUCAGAGAAGCAAAAAGAUUCCUUGCCUAGGAAAACUCCCAGAGGGAAGGGAGAUCAUAAACAGAAAAUAUCUGGAAAGAACUUCACUCAGAAUUCAAAUUUUGUUAAACAAAAGAGAAGUGCCAAAGAAACAAGGCCCCAUAAAUGUGAGCUGUGUGGGAAAAGCUUCAAAUGCCAUUCAGAUGUUAUUAAACACCAGAGAAUUCACACUGGAGAAAAACCGUAUGAAUGUGAGGAAUGUGGGAAGACCUUCAGCCAGAGCUCAGAUGUUAUCAAACAUCAUAGGAUCCAUUCUGGAGAGAAACCUUACGAAUGUAGUGACUGUGGGAAGACUUUUAUUCACAGCUCACAUGUAGUUAGACAUCAGAGAAUUCAUAAUGGAGAGAAACCUUAUGAAUGUAAAGAAUGUGGCAAAGCUUUCAGCCAGAGUUCUAACCUUAUACGUCACCAGAGAAUUCACACUGGAGAAAAACCUUAUGAAUGUAACGAAUGUGGAAAAACAUUCAGUCAAAGCUCCGAUGCUAUUAAGCAUCAGAGAAUUCAUACUGGAGAGAAACCUUAUGAAUGUAAUGAAUGUGGGAAAACUUUCAUCCAUAGCUCAAAUGUUGUAAGACAUCAAAGAAUACAUCAUGGAGAGAAUCCCUAUGAAUGUAGAGAAUGUGGCAAAGCCUUCAGUCAGAGCUCCAAUCUCAUUCGGCAUCAGAGAAUUCACACAGGAGAAAGAUCCUAUGAAUGUAAUACAUGUGGAAAAGCUUUCAAUCAAUCUGUGUUACUUACUGAACAUCAGAGAACCCAUACAGAAAUGAAACCAAAAAAGCUUAAAAGAUGUGAGAAAAUGCUUAAGCUUAACUCAGAUGUCACCGAACACCAGAGAAUCCAGAGUGGAGAGAAGCCUUUUGAGUACAACAGUGAGAAAGUCUUUAGUCAGACUUCACAUACUCCUCAGCAAAACUUUUCACAUGAAUAUGUAAAAGAAAAUUCUUAAUUGGAUUUUCUGCCUCUUAAAGCCUUCAAAACCUUCUCAAAUUAUAACGGCCUUAAGAACAGAGAUGUUAUUCAUUUGGUUUUAUGUUGGAAAAAAAUCACCUGUGAAGAGGCAAUUAAUGAGUGCCAAAUCAAUUAAUGAAAUUGAUAGCUGCAUGCAGGUCGUCAGGCAAAAGACUUACUCAGGAUACUUACUCAGGAUAGACUGAAGGGAAAAAGAAUCAGUAGAGCAUGUUUUCAUGGAAACAAGGAUAAUUGAGAAAUAAUUACCAAAUUUUAAUUCUUUUGUUUGUACUUCCAGCUGUUAUUUUCUUCUGGUUUUUUCAUCUUUGGAGGAAGUCAAUUUUCCUAGUUUCAGUCACUCCCUAAAUCUCACACCCAACCAUCAUAAUUAAUCUAACUCCUUUGAUAUGAUUCUGCUCGGAAUCUUGCUUCUCACUCUCUAGAGGACAUAAACUACUUUGAUUAUUUUGAAGGCCUAUGAUUCUUGUAGCCCACCAUAGUUAUAUCUGUGAUUCAUUAAUACAUAUUUGUUUUUGCUU